CAGAGGCUGUUGUGUGUCUCAGCCUUUUCUCUCCCUAAGAAGCUCCAUCUGAAGGACCAAUCAGAGACCAGACCCUGCUGAACCUGAACCAGAACCCAGCUGUGUGUCCAUGAAGGCACCGCUAUGUUAAAAAAAGAAGGCGACCUGUAAUCGAGAGGAGAAUUAAAAUGGACGAGAGGCCAUUUGAAAUGGAGCGGCGGGAAUUGAUGGAGCAAAUUGAUAGAGAGAGACAUAAAUAUAAGAGGGAGCGAAAUGCAAUGAAAAUGGAAAAUGAAAAGUUAAGAAGAAGAUUGAGGACCUUCAAAGGACCUGAACCUGAACCCAGCUGUGUGUCCUUUAAGAGUGACUGGUCCAGGAACAUACCGCUAUAUUUCAGAGGAGAUCCAAAGGAAGAGACCUUUAAGGAACCUGAACCUGAUGAUUCUGUACUGGACUCUGAUGAUGUUAAACCUGAAACCAGCUGUGUGUCCAUGAAGAGUGAGCAGUCAAUGGACCCAGUGCUAAUUUUCAGAGGACAUCAAAUGUUUGAAGUGGACCACGAGAGCUUCGAGGUUCCCAGUGAUCAGUCUGCCCAGCAGCAUCAAACACACCUGGACUCCAUAUUUAUGCUGCUGGAGGAGAACAUCAGCAGUUUUGUGAAGAACGAGCUGAAGAAGAUCCAGAAGGUUCUGAGUCCAGAUUACCCUGAAUGCUUAAAGAGUCAGAGGGAGGAUGAGGAUGAAGAGCAGAGGAGGAACAGAGAGGCAUUUCUGAAGAUCACACUGGACUUCCUGAGGAGAAUGAAGCAGGACGAGCUGGCUGACCGUCUGCAGAGCAGAAGUCCAGCUGGAGUUUGUCGACGUAAACUCAAAUCUAACCUAAACAAGAAGUUCCAGUGUGUGUUUGAGGGGAUUGCUAAAGCAGGAAACCCAACCGUUCUGAAUCAGAUGUUCACAGAGAUCCACAUCACAAAGGGAGGGACUGCCGAGGUCAAUGACGAACAUGAGGUCAGACAGAUUGAAACAGCAUCCAGGAAACAUGACACACCAGAAACAACAAUCAGACAAGAAGACAUCUUUAAAACCCAACCUGGAAGAGAUAAACCUAUCAGAACAGUGAUGACAAAGGGAGUGGCUGGCAUCGGGAAAACAGUCUUAACACAGAAGUUCACUCUGGACUGGGCUGAAGGCAAAGUCAACCAGGACAUCCAGUUCACAUUUCCAUUCACUUUCAGAGAGCUGAAUGUGCUGAAAGAGAGAAAGUACAGCUUGGUGGAACUUGUUGAUUACUUCUUUAGUGAAAUCAAAGACGAAGGAAUCUGCAGGUUUGAAGAGUUCCCAGUCGUGUUCAUCUUUGACGGUCUGGAUGAGUGUCGACUUCCUCUGGACUUCCGCAACACUAAAAUCCUGACUGAUGUUACAGAGUCCACCUCAGUGGGUGUAUUGCUGACAAACCUCAUCAGGGGAAAUCUGCUUCCCUCUGCUCGCCUCUGGAUAACCACACGACCUGCAGCAGCCAAUCAGAUCCCUCCUGGGUGUGUUGACAUGGUAACAGAGGUCAGAGGGUUCACUGACCCACAGAAGGAGGAGUACUUCAGGAAGAGAUUCAGAGAUGAGGAGAAGGCCAGCAGAAUCAUCUCCCACAUCAAGACAUCACAAAGCCUCCACAUAAUGUGUCACAUCCCAGUCUUCUGCUGGAUCACUGCUACAGUUCUGGAGGAUGUGUUGAAGACCAGAGAGGGAGGAAAGCUGCCCACGACCCUGACUGAGAUGUACAUUUACUUCCUGGUGGUUCAGUCCAAACUGAAGAACAUCAAGUAUGAUGGAGGAGCCGAGACUGAUCCACCCUGGAGUCCAGAGACCAGGAAGAUGAUCGAGUCUCUGGGAAAACUGGCUUUUGAGCAGCUGCAGAAAGGCAACCUGAUCUUCUAUGAAUCAGACCUGACAGAGUGUGGCAUCGAUAUCAGAGCAGCCUCAGUGUACUCAGGAGUGUUCACACAGAUCUUUAAAGAGGAGAGAGGACUGUACCGGGACAAGGUGUUCAGCUUCAUCCAUCUGAGUGUUCAUGAGUUUCUGGCUGCUCUUCAUGUCCAUCUGACAUUCACCAACUCUGGAGUCAACCUGCUGGCAGAAGAACAAACAACAUCAACAGGUUUCUACCGGAGUGCUGUGAACAAGGCCUUACAGAGUCCAAAUGGACACCUGGAGUUGUUCCUCCGCUUCCUCCUGGGUCUUUCCCUGCAGACCAAUCAGACUCUCCUAAGAGGCCUGGUGACAAAGACAGGACGUAGCUCACAGAUCAAUCAGAAGACAAUCAAGUACAUCAAGAGAAAGAUCAGUGAGAAUCUGACUGCAGAGAGAAGCAUCAAUCUGUUCCACUGUCUGAAUGAACUGAAUGAUGAUUCUCUAGUGGAGGAGAUCCAACAGGCCCUGAGAUCAGGAAGUCUCUCCACUGCUCAGUGGUCAGCUCUGGUCUUCAUCUUACUAUUAUCAGAAAAAGAUCUGGAUGUGUUUGACCUGAAGAAAUACUCUGCUUCAGAGGAGGCUCUUCUGAGGCUGCUGCCAGUGGUCAAAGCCUCCAACAAAGCUCUGUAA